CAGUUGAUUUAAAGUGCGAGGCACCCACACAUUGCCUGUAAGCUUUUUGACUGAAUUCAGUAGUUAUUUCAAUAUACAAUAUGCCAGUUUCAGUUUCGAAAACCAAAUUACCUUAUUCUGAAGGCAGUUUAGGAGAUGUCAAAGAAAAGAAAACAAAGAGGAGUUUGGCGAAUGGCCUAGGAAGUCGUCCUCCACUGGUGUGGAAUAAAAAAGUGUCGAACACAGAGCUUGAUAAAUUUAAGAAAGUCGUGGAGGAGAAGUUCAAGCUACAUUUCGAUUCCUACUGGGAUUUUCAUAAAUGGUCUGUCGAGAAUUACGCAAAUUUCUGGGAAGAAAUAUGGAAUUAUUUUGGGGUCAUUACGUCCAAACCUUACGAUAAGGUCGUAGUCAAGACAGGCGAUGGUUUCCUGGACAAUGAAUGGUUUCCCGGUGCACUCUUCAAUUACGCGGAAAACAUUCUGAGGAUAAGAGAUGACAGAGUUGCUCUUAUUUACGUUGAGGAGAAUGGGUACGAAGAAACUGUGACUUUUGCUCAGCUAUUCGAAGAAGUCAAACUAUAUGCAGCGGCUUUCAGAAAACAUGGAUUACAAAAAGGAGACAGAGUGGCUUGUUACAUGUCAAACAGAAAGGAAGCACUGUUUACCAUGCUGGCAGCAACAAGCAUCGGUGCAAUCUUUAGUGGACCUCAACCAUAUUAUGGAGCAAGAGCUUCAGCAAAUAUUAUUAACAAGAUGGAACCCAAAUUCUUGAUCAUCGUCGAUCAUCAUGUAGACAAUGGAACAGAUUUCAAUCUUUUGGAAAAUACAAUUGUUAUAGCAAAUAGUUGUUCGACUCUUGAAAAAAUCAUAGUUAUUCCCACUAGAGAAGACACUCUGGCUGAUGGAAUUUCACACAUCCGAAACAGUUGCUUUUUGGAGCAGUUUCUAGAAGUUGGAAGAAAUCCAGAUGGUAGCAUUCCAGAUAUAAUGUUCGAACAGCUUCCCUUCAAUCACCCUAUCUGCAUCAACUUCACUUCUGGUACUACAGGUCUUCCGAAAGGACCAGUACACUCAGCCGGAACAUUGAUCACUCAUUUGGAAAACAUUGCUUUCCACUACAAUUUGACUAGCGGUGAUGUUACUAUGGCACCCUAUGCGGUGGGUUGGAGUCUUUGGGAUAGUCUCGUUCCAUGUCUGGCUCUGGGCAUCAAAAUGCUGCUGUACUGCGGUAGUCCCUAUAUAAUGAAAGAAGGAAUGAAUAUAUGGGAUGUCAUCGCUCGAUACAAAGUCAAAUAUGCUUUUCUGGUAACUAGUAUUGUAGACAAACUGGAGAAACUGAAUAUUGUGCCGAGCCAAAAUUCAAAUUUAGACCAUUUCAAGACGUUGUUUAUCGGUGGCUGUCCUGCCAAAAUUCAAAAUUUUCUGUACAUACAGAACAGGAUUAAAAAGGAUUUAUUCAUGGGUAGCCAAUACGGAGCCACUGAGACAUUUGGAACCUUUUCUGGCUUCGAUUAUAACUUACCUGGCUAUGCUGGCGAAGUUCAGGCCUUCGCUCUGGGAAUGGAUAUCAGGAUUGUUGAUUGCAAUGGCCGCUCUGUCAUCGGUGAAAGAGGAGAACUCGUGGUAGCCACGCCCAGUCCAUCCUUUCCCAUUUGUCUGUGGAAAGAUGUCGAUAACACCAUACUGAAAAACACAUUUCUCAGCAAGUAUCCAGGAGUAUGGUGUCAGAACGAUGAAUGUUGGAUCAAUCCAGAAACAGGGGGACUUGUCGUCAUUGGAAGGAGUGAUGAUACCCUAAUUCAAAACGGGGAGCGAUUUGGAGCUGCGGAUGUUUAUUUUGCUAUCCACGAGAUGGAAGAAAUAAUGGACUACAUAUGCGUGAACCAGAGCAGGAGUGAUGGUGAGUGCAGAGCUGUUCUCUUCGUCAAGUUGAAGCCAGGUUAUGAGUUCACAUCCGACCUCAGGAAAAAGAUCGCCCGAACAAUUGACAGAGAACUGUGGGAGGACUGCGUACCGCAAGUAAUUCUUGAAGUGCCUGACAUACCAUACAACCUGAAUAACAAAAGAAUGGAAAGUGUUGUUCGGAAGAUAGUGGCAACCAAUCAGAUUCCGCAAGUUAAUAACAUAAGGAACCCGGAAAGUCUGAAAUACUUUUGCAACAUUCCAGAAUUGUUGAGUUAUGAAGUCUGAAGAAACAUGCUUGGAUCUGUGCCAUUUUAGUUUGAUUGUUAAGAGAUUUAAAGCUUUCUCACACUAUAUUGGAACUUAUGCACAAUAAUGUCGAUAAUUCUGCAUUCAUAUAUUGGACUUCUCAGCACAAAGAAAAUCAUAGAAUGUAUACGUUCUUUUGUCCAAAAACCUUUUUGUUAAUGCUUGCAAAAAAUAUUUGUCUUUUUAACUUUUGUUUAAAUAAUAUUUAUAUUUUAUGAAUAUAUUUUUAUUUAUUUUCUAUAGAGAGUUUUUUCUGUAAGUUUUUAUUGUUUAUAUUUUAUAAAUAUUUAUCGAAUAAUAGUUAUGAAAAGGUUCGUUAAUAAAAUUGGAAUGUCUGAUAAGUGUAUACCUAAUUUAUUAAUUAA